AUGAAGAGUCUUCAAGAAAGAAUAAAGAUUAUUAAGUAUGCAAUUACGAUUUCAAAGAUUUUUAAUUAUUCCUCAAUGUUUGAAGGUCUUAGCGCGCCCUACCCUGCUCAUUUAACUGCUAAGCAAUCUGAACUCGAAGGUAAUUAUCGUACUGUUCAUCAAAGAUUAAUUACUAAUGCUGAAGAAAUUGCCUUCUAUGAUGGUAGUCGUAAAGAAAGACAAAUUAUAAAUUUAUCAUUUGGUGAUAUCUAUAAUCAUACCGGUUAUGUUAGUUACCUUAAGUGCUUAGUUGGAAUUUUUGAUGGAUUUUUAGUUAAAUAUUGUGCAUCAAUUGUUGGUUAUGGUUGUAUGGUAUUACCAAUCUACACUGGUAUCAGAGGUAGUUCAAAUAAAGAUUCAACUGAAUUAACCAAAGAUUAUAUUAGAAAUACUCAAUUAAUGGUUGCUUUAUCACAAGCCAUUGGACAACUUGUAUUAUUAGGUAAUAAGGUAACCUUGAUGGCAGGUUAUACUUCACGUAUUUCAAAGCUCUUAGAAAUGAUCAAACAAAUUAAGGAACGUGGUACAUCACAAUUUACUAUUGUUCACGAAGAUGAAAUUCCAGGUUUAUUAACCAAUAGCAACUCACCAGUUAAUGAAAAAUAUGAUAGCAAUGUCGAUAUGUCAAGCUGGUUAGAAGAAUGGAGAAAGAGAUCAGACCAAACUCGUCUUAUUAAACGUAGUCAAUCCCGUACUACCAAUUCUAAUGCUAACCAAGUUAGUGGAGGUGGUACAUUUGUCGAAGGUGAAUUCAUUAAAUUUGAAAAUGUUUCAAUUGUCUCACCAGAGGGUAAAAUAUUGGUCGAAAAUUUAGAUUUCCAAGUUAUGCCACACCAAAAUGUUAUGAUUACUGGUCCAAAUGGUUCAGGCAAAAGUUCAUUAUUUAGAAUUUUAGGUGAAUUAUGGCCACUUCAUUACGGUACUGUUAUCAAACCAAGAAAAGAAGAUAUCUUAUUUGUACCACAAAAACCAUACCUCGUUUUGGGAACUCUCCGUGAUCAAAUUAUCUAUCCACAUAGCCACGACGAUAUGAAGAGAUUAGGUGUUACCGAUGACGAUCUUCAACAUCUCUUAGCUACCGUCGAUCCAAAUCUUACCAUUAUUAGACAAUGGAGUUGGGGUGACACUAAAGAUUGGUUCACUGCCCUCUCUGGUGGUCAAAAACAACGUAUUGCCAUGGCUCGUCUCUUUUAUCAUCGUCCACAAUAUGCCAUCCUCGAUGAAUGUACUAGUGCUGUAAGUGAUGAAGUUGAAGGUAAAAUCUACGAAACAUGCAAGAAAUUAGGCAUCACCCUUUCACUGUUUCACAUCGUCCACAAUUAA